CUCUCCUUUUUCAUUUUUUUGAAUUUUUUUUGUUGUAUAGUUGUAUUUGUCCUUCCUGUGUGUUAUUGAAAUUAAUCAUAGAGAGAAUUCAGCUCAUCAGUAUUCACGUUCAUGAAGUCCUCUGCUAUAUAUUAAUGUCCACACACCACACACUUUUACAUAAUUUCUUUCAACAACACCCAACCAGUGAGAGACAACACACUACUGCAGCAGUAGUAGCGGUGGUAGUAGUGAGAAAAUUCUAGAGAGACAGACAGAUAGAGAGAGAGGAAGAAGAUCAACAACUCUCUCUUGGGAAUUUCUUCUCUCUGACUGGUCUUCUUUUUCUAAUGGAUUUUGCUGUGAGGGUCGUUGUAGUAAGGCUUUCCAUCUUCUUUGCUCUACUCUCUUUCAACUUUCUCUCUGGAUCUCAAGGAAUUGAAGAAGAAGUUCACUCACCCUACAGAUACCCAUUUAUCAAAAAAGCAAGUUCAUUCUCAUCCCCUUCCCCAUCAUCUUCAUCGUCGUCUUCGCAAUCAUCGACAUCGAACGGUGUAGAUAGAACGUAUGAUUAUAUAAUCAUAGGAGGUGGAACAGCUGGUUGUCCCUUAGCAGCAACCUUGUCUCAGAAUUUCAGUGUUCUUUUAUUAGAAAGAGGAGGUGUACCGUUCAGAAAUUAUAAUGUUUCCUACAUGCAAAACUUCCAUUUAGCAUUGGCAGACACUUCACCAACAUCUGCAUCUCAAGCUUUUAUGUCAACUGAUGGAGUUUUUAAUGCAAGAGCUAGGGUCUUGGGUGGAGGCACUUGUAUCAAUGCUGGAUUUUAUACUAGAGCUAGUUCAAGUGAAAUAAAGCAACUAGGAUGGGAUAGGGAAUUGGUGGAGGAGUCAUACCCAUGGGUGGAGAAGCAAAUCGUUCGCUGGCCAAAACUUGCACCUUGGCAACAGGCAGUAAGGGAUGGUCUGAUAGAUAUUGGAAUGACCCCCUAUAACGGGUACUCGUAUGAGCAUAUUCAAGGAACUAAAGUUGGAGGUACAAUCUUCGAUGCGAAGGGUCACCGUAGUACAGCUGCAGAAUUGCUUGCUACUGGAAACCCCAAAAAUCUCCAGGUCUUGAUAUAUGCAACUGUGCAGAAAAUAAUGUUUGACAAAACAGUGAAGCAACCGAAGGCCGUAGGAGUGUUGUUCAAGGAUGAGAAAGGGAAGGUGCACAAAGCAUUUCUUAAGAAGAGAGCAUCAAGUGAAGUUUUGUUGUCCUCAGGUGCAAUGGGUAGCCCUCAAAUGAUGUUGCUAAGUGGUAUAGGACCCAAACGAGACCUAAAGAAGUUUAAUAUACCAGUAGUACACGAUAACGUUCAUGUUGGCAAAGGUAUGUCAGAUAAUCCAAUGACCGGCCUUUUUGUACCAACAAAGAAGCCAGUUGAGCAGUCUUUGAUUCAAACUGUCGGUAUCACAAGGAGGGGCUUCUAUAUUGAGGCUAGUAGCGGAUACGGUGAGAAACCGAAUAGCAUCCACAGACACCAUGGACUCAUGUCAGCUGAGAUUGGGCAGUUAUCCACCAUUCCUCCAAAGCAGAGGACUUCGAAAGCGCUUCAAUCAUUCAUUUCGAAGAAGAAAGACCUACCGCAUGAAUAUUUCCAAGGAGGAUUUAUGUUAUCAAAACUAUCAAGACCCUUGUCGAAAGGACAACUGAAUUUGGUCAAUACAAAUGUUGAUGACAACCCCAGUGUCACAUUCAACUACUUCUCACAUCCGCGCGACACAAAAGCUUGUGUUAAUGCUGUGCGUACAAUGCAAAAGAUCGUAAAGUCAAAGAACUUUGUAAAGAUGGCAAAUGAUGAUAAGUUGACACUGGCGAUGCUGCGUAAUAUGAGUGUGGAUGCUAGUGUGAACCUUAUACCAAGACAUGCAAAUACAUCAACUUCAUUAGCACAGUUUUGCAAGGACACUGUUAUAACAAUAUGGCAUUAUCAUGGUGGAUGUCAAGUAGGGAAAGUUGUGGAUUCUGAUUAUAAGGUGAUGGGUAUCCAUGGCCUGCGUGUAAUUGAUGGCUCUACUUUCCUUUUUUCACCUGGUACAAAUCCCCAAGCUACUGUUAUGAUGAUGGGCAGAUAUAUGGGAGUGAAGAUAUUAAGAGCAAGACUAGGAAGAGCAGGUGCUGGUGUAUAAAUAACUUUAACUCUCUAAAUUGUAUUGCCGUGGAAGUGUCGCAGAAUUUGAUUAUUCUUAUUCUUCUAUAUAUCUAUUUCAGAUAUAAAUUAAUUAUUGUUAUAUAUAAUUAGCAAAGAGGAAGAAAAAAAAUGGAACAAGGAUAUAUUCCAUUAAUAUAUUGCUCGAGUUCUAACUUA